GGGUACUGAAGAAAGGAAAACAGGCAAAAAUCAAUGGAAUGAAAUACAUCUUUGAUUAGCAACAUAACAUGUUGAAAUCUCUUUAAAAAUCAGAAAUCAUUCUGCGGACAGUGGUAGUACAGCAAGUACGGCACUUGCCCUGCACACAGCUGACCCAGGUUUGAUCCCGGUCAUCCCAUAGGGUGCCCCAAGCACCACCAGGAGUAACCCCUGAGCAUUGCUGGGUGUGCCACCCCCAAAUUAUAAAUCAUGUAUUUGGUUUGGGCUCUAUACGGUGCCUCGGAUCAAAACAAAUGCCGUGCCAGCCCUAUUUUAAAUAGCAGUCCAAUUGGUAAAAAUAUCCACCAUUAAACAACAAAAAACAUUGUCAGUUUAAGUGAAAGGAAUCUUACCCAAUUUAAUAGCCCUGCUGAAAUAGACACAGAAAGCCCUUACAUAGCAUGAUCCUGGAAGCAUGCAAAAAGGAAACCAAGUUACUUCCAUACACACAAAUACAAAUACAGUCCAACUGGUGUGAGGCUUCAAAACAAUACCAGGGACCUGAGAGUGUAACAGGCUUCACAUGUUUGAGACCCUGAUGUUGAUACCUGACACCAUGUUCAACACCUAGGAAGCCCUGAAGUAGAAAGAAGAGGUGGGAGUGAUGCUGGCAGUCAUGUACAACCCCCAUAAUACACCGAAACCAGAAAUCCAGGUAGCAUAUAAGGGGUACAUUUCAGCACAUGGUGGAACUCAAAAGAAAGGGAACUCAAUUAAUAGAAAACUCAAAUGAGAACUUGGAGCACUCUGAAGAGGUACCAGAUUCUGAUACUAUGAAAGAAACCAGAGGCAAAAGAGAUGGCUCAAAGUGGAUGGGGCACACACUGAUGUGGUGCUGGGGUUAAAAGACAAAAAGAGAAAUGGGUUGAAUAGAUGAGAAAUAAGGUCUUAAGCCCAUGCUAAAAAUGCUCACUGCUCUUCUGUUCAGGUAAGGGAGGCUAAGAUAAUUCCACCCCCCCCCUUUAAAAACCACAAUCUUAACUGGGGAAUUUUUACUAUUACGGAUGGAGCCAAAAAGUUGUAAAAUGCAUGCUUUGUGGAUGAAUACAAAAUCUCUGCAUCACAGUUCACCGAUACAUACAUAUACACACCCUACACAGAAAACCACACUGUGCUACAUGUAUGCACUGGGGGAAUAAAAAUAUCAGUUAUGUAACCGAGCAAACAUGUCAACACAUCAAGACAAUCUACCCAGAGGAACAUUAAAAAUGAUAUACUUACCUAGGAAUCACUUAUGCAAGGAGGCAAAACUAAGAGCUAGUAGAGCCUCUGUAAAAAGAAUUGUCAAAGGAGUUAUUUCAACAAAAAAACUAAACCCAGAAGGCAGGAAGUAAUGAGUUAAGAAAUUGGUAAUUAAAUGCAUAUUGAGCCAGGGUGUGGCUCACCAGUAAAGCAGAUUCCUUGCAUGCAUGAGAUCUAGGUUUGAUCUCCAGCAAAGCAAAACAUUAACUUAAAAAAAAAAAGUCACAUAAUUAAACAUAAAUUUGGGGUGUCAGGAUAAGGUACUAACCAAGUACCAGCCAUAUUAUAUGGAAGACGGCUGGGGCAGAAACGGGGAGGAGCUUGGGGUAGCAGUUUCUUGUUUAAGGAAGGAUAUAGAAACACUGUAAAUAAAACAUGAAAUUUCAAAGUGGGGAUAAAACUUGAACAUGGAGAUCAGAGCCGGCUGGUUAUCCUAUCAUGAUUAAGCUUAAAGCCUUACAUAACCACUAAUUUAAGUGAAUGCCACCUUUGAUUUUUCCACAGAGAUAUCCAAAUGGAACAGAAACCCCUCUCUCUCUGGAAGACUUUUUCCAGUUGUUUCCAUCACAGUCUGAAAAUUCACUGGAGGGCAUCUCACCAGGAGAUAUUCCUCCUCUUGGAAGUAUGAAUGAUGGCAUGAAUUUUUCAGCACAUAAUAUCAAUUUUAGCCAAGCUAUAAGUCAAGAUGUGAGUCUCCAUGAAGCCAUGCUGCGCUGUCCAACAGAUAGUACAUUUAGAAGAGACGCAGCAGCAAGAACUUCACAGCCGCAGGAACCAUUUCUACAGUUAAAUUCUCAAACUACCAAUCCUGAACAGGCUUUUUCUGCAACUAACUGGACAGGGCUCUUUCCCUACGAUGAAAAUCAAAUGAGGAACCUACCAAGUCAAGAUCUUCAUUGUGACCUGGAUAUAAACAUAUUUGAUGAGAUCAACUUAAUGUCCUUGGCUACAGAAGAAGGGUUUGAUCUAAUGGAAGCUUCUACGCUUUUUGAAGAACCAGAUUCUGAUUCUGGACUUUCCUUAAAUUCAAGUCACAACAGCACCUCUGCCAUCAAAUCUAAUUCAUCACACUCUUCCUAUGAAGGAGCUAGAGGCUAUGGCAGUGACUAUGAGUCUGUUUAUCAUGACGACUUAGAAGCAGAAGGGGCUGUAGGAGGGAAGGUCAGGAGUAACUCUUGUCUUCAUGGGGACCUUGCAUUUCAACAUGUAUUUCACAACCACACUUAUCACUUAGAGUCAAAUGCACUAGAAUCCACUUCGGAAUCCUUCUCAUGGCCUGGCAAGUCACAGAAAAUGAGUAAAUACCUCAAUGACACAGACAGAAACUUAAGCCGUGACGAACGGCGUGCUAAAGCUCUGCACAUCCCCUUCUCUGUGGAGGAGAUUGUCCGUAUGCCUGUGGAUUCCUUCAAUAGCAUGCUGAGCAGGUACUAUCUGACAGACUUACAGGUGUCACUCAUCCGUGACAUAAGGAGGAGGGGGAAAAACAAAGUUGCAGCUCAGAACUGUCGUAAGCGCAAACUGGACAUAAUUUUGAAUCUAGAAGAUGAUGUAUGUAGCUUAGAAGCAAAGAAGGAAACCCUUAAGAGAGAGCGAGCCCAGUACAACAAAGCUAUUAACAUAAUGAAACAGAAACUGCAUGACCUUUAUCACGAUGUUUUUAGUAGGCUAAGAGAUGAAGAAGGCCGGCCAGUCAAUCCAAACCAGUAUGCUCUUCAGUGUAGCCAUGAUGGAAGUGUUUUGAUUGUACCCAAGGAACUGAUGACCUCAGGCCACAAAAAGGAGAACCAAAAGGGAAAGAGAAAAAAAUGACAAGAAAUUUAAAGUUGGAUCCCACUAAAAUACAUAAUAUUGUGACUUUCAGAAACUGAUGAGUUUGAUUAGAAACCACUGGGUUUCAAAAGUUAACUCAAAGUGUUACAUAGUUAAGGACUAGUACUUGAAUUGCUCCAUAAGGCUCAUUUUGAAACUUAUCUGGACAUGUUUUGGAGUUGAAUACCAGAGGUGAAAUUUGAUAGAAGCUACCUUUCAUGAAGCCCUAAUGCUUUAGUCAAGUUUCAAAAAUCAUGUACUCCCUUUUGGUAGCCAGUUUUUAAGAACCUUACUUCAAAAGCAAAUACUGUCUUUUGAAAUGUUUGACUUGAAAUGCAAAGUAGCCUUUUAAAGGUUGAUUAACUUCUAAGCACUUAAAUCUUAGCUUUUCGAAAGUGGAAAUUUUCAUGUUUUUAACAUAGCCUUCCAGUUUUUAUCUAGAACUUAUGACACAUGACUCUUGUUCCCUCAUUUUUUAAGCAAAGUCACCUUGGAUUUUCCCCCCUAAAUGCCAUUUUCCAAAUUCAAUAUUCCAAAUUCGCAGCAAACAUGAAGCCAGUAACCGCUUAACUGAUAAGGAGUUAUGUACUACAUGAAAUAUGAAGCGGCCAAUUCCUAAAGCAGUGUGCCAAAAGUUCCUUGGUGCUUGUGACUGAACUUGGAGCUUCCUACGUGUUAGGCAAGUGAAUGCUGUGCUGCAGUACUACCUAGCAAAAGCUGAGCUUUAAAAUAUUUAGGUGCAUUUAACUACAAACAGGACAGCCUGUGGACAAGGUAAAACACUGACCUGUUACUGAAAAUAUUUAACCUCACAAGCAAACAGAUCCAUAUAAUAGCAAAACUACAACCAAGGUAACUGGGACUACUAGUGAUUUUUUGAGGUAUGGACUCCAGAAAUAACAGAACUACUAUAUUGUUUAGAAAUGUGGUUUUGUUUUUUUAACCUUGUUGGCCUAUUUUCCCGAAAUUUUACCAAAAAAAUAAAUGCUCAUACUUUGCAGGUAUUUAAGGAUCACAACCAUGGGUCCUGCCUCCCAAAGAUCUGUUCAGCUUUAUGGGCCACACCUAGCUGUUUGAAUUCUACUCCUGAACUCAGAUCACGCCUGGCAGGCUUGGGGAACCAUUUGGGGUGCUAAGGACUGACCCUGGGUUAGCUGCACACAAGCCAAGUUGCCCCCUACCCACUGGAAUAUUGUUCCAGCUCAAUUUUUGCUUUUUUUGGGGGGAAACAUCUGACACUCAGGGGAACUUCCUCCUGACAGUGCUUGGAGGACCAUGUGUAAACAAGCCCGGGUCAGCUUCCUGCCAAGAUACCCUACCCCUCGGUAUUAUCAUGCUGUCUCUGUUCACCUGCUUUAAAACUGCACCAACAGUUUGUAUUUAUCAUUUGUAAGUCCAGAAGAACAAUGGCGUGAGUACAUAUAAGAGGCUGAGAAUUCCAACAGUGCUAGGAAUGAUCCUUAAGGACUGCUGGGCAUGCCCCAGAAAGGCAGGGAGGAACCCAUCUACAAUGUUAACCUACUGCGGUAGCAGGAAUGGGCAACUGGAGAGGGUUAUGGGAGUGGAGAUGGGGCUGAGAAUCCCUUUUGAAGUUUCAGGGUUCCUCCCCUGACAACACUAAGUUUUAACGGGCUUAUUGGUAUCAUGAUAAUAAAACACCACCACUCUGGUUUACAAAUUGACCAGUUUUGUUGCUUUCAUAAUACAAGCCAAUCCCUUAGGCAAUUCUGCUCAGGCAGAGCAUGAGUUUGUUGAGUUGCGGUGGAGGAUUGGUCUGUCUCUAAACGUAUUCCCAGAUAUUUGGUAUGUGACUUGACAAUCGCAAAACCUCAGGACAGUUAGCAUCCAUGAAAUUCCCUCUCACAUUACUCUUUGAAUUUUCUUGCCCCUUGAAUUUUUACAUGGCUGUGUAAAAUACAUCAAGUAUUUUGAACGUCCAGAAAUAGUUUCCCUGUACUUUGUUCUGCAAUACCACCUCCAGUGUUUAAAAAGCUCGGUAAAUUUAAAUGCAAUCUGAUCAAACUAGGUUGUAGUUAUCAAGUCACAUUUUCUAUUGGUAGCCAUCUACAUCAGCCCUGAAAACCCUCUUGUAAGUCACCUCAGUGUAGCAUACAGCUGACAGACAACAUACGAGUUUUCAGAACUGGUGUACAUGGUUACCAACAAAGUCACUGAGGUUUCACCUCCUCUAGUUCAGCACUAAGCCACAUUAGUUCCAUGUAGAGAAAAAUCAGCAAUGUUUGUUUUACAAGACAGGGUACCAUAAGCAAAAGGCACAUAUACCCAUAAUCUUUACCAAAAUGUCAGAAUAACCUUACCAACUAGAUAACCUCCCAUCCUUUUAGAAUCAACCAACCCACCUUAUACUUUAUGAAGCUAAUAGAAUGCUAAACACUAGUCACCUUAUAACAGAGAAUUCUGAAUUCCACCUUUAUGUCUUUUUUCAAGAUUCCUCCCUUAAGCAGCCAGUAAUACUUACCUUGUUCCUGAGUCCGUUUUAUUUUGGCCUGUUCUCAAUUUAUCCCCAAUUGUGCAUGUUAAACGUGCAUUUUAGAAACUUGUGCUGUUGCAACUGUAGUUACCUUUUUCAAAGCCCUAAUUCCUUGCAGCUAGUAAUUUUAAUCCUUCAAGUUCAUCUUAUCCAGUAAUUUAAAAACCAAGUAUUAACCCUACAAGUUAACAGAUGCAGCUAAACCAAAGUUAAUCUUUUCAUUAGCUUGACUUACCUGUGGGAAUCUAAGUCAACCUCAUCAUUAAUUGUAUAGAAAUGUCAAAUAACAGCAACCUCUAACACUGUGACGUAAUGGAGCUCAACUGGCAUUAAAAAAGUAUUGACAGAUUUUCCUCACUGCUUUGCAGCUGAAUCAAUCUGGACCAACUGCAGCUGGUAAAAUCCCAUGAUCUUAAAACACCAAUACCCCUAUUAACCAUCAGGAAAAGCCAGAAAUUAUAGUAGUAUUCAAACGCUGAAUAUACAAUGUAUAAAGAAUGGCAUUUUAUUAGGGACAGCCAAUAACGUCCACAAUGCUUUUUACUCAUUUGUCUAUCAAUACCAAAUAAAAAUGGCAAUAUGCAUAGUUCUGUUGAACUGCUUUCAAAAUCUAGGGGAUUGCAAUCCUUCAGACAACUGUUUAUAGAACAAGAUUCACAUUUUAUGUGUAAACAUUACACAAGUAUUUGGAUACAACAUCAUUUAUUUUAUAAACUUUGUAUUUAAAAUAGAAUUGUAUCUAUCUACUCACAAACCUAAAGACAUGACAUAUAUUGAGCUUCUAGCUGAUCUGAUGUUACUCUUACACUUAAUUUGUAAUUGUUUUAUAUUAAGAACCUGUACUAGAUGUUUUUUUUUAAAUCAGAAACAUUUCCCUUUAAUCUUAAAAGUGCUUUUAAAAAAUGAAGG